UAUGGGCUACCACCGAGCAUGGUCGAGAAGUACGCUUCCAGAGGCAUGGAGGAGCUGUACCCGUGGCAGCAGCGCUGCCUUCAGGCGGAUGCACGGGUUUUGGCGGGGACACGCAACUUGGUGUAUUGCGCUCCGACGUCGGGCGGCAAGACUCUGGUCGCGGAAUUGCUGAUGCUUCGGGCAGUGACGAGCGGUCGUGGGCCAGCACUCUUGAUUCUCCCCUUCGUCAGUAUCGUCAAUGAAAAGGAGCGAGACUUGCGACACUUGUUGGAGGAUGAGCGGCAUUUGCGUGUCCGUGGUUUCUACGGUGGCUCGGGGGAACGCAUUACCGAGCCGUUCGACAUCGGUAUAUGCACCAUCGAGAAAGCGAACAGCAUCAUCAACAUGCUUCUAGAAGAAAAGCAGCUCCAGAAGCUCUCGAUGAUUGUGGUGGACGAACUGCACUUGCUCGCCGAUACGAAUCGAGGCUACUUGGUUGAGGUCUUGAUGUAUGAUGAGGCUAUUAACUGAGAGAUACCGCUGAAAAAAAAGGGAGAAGGACACACUUUCUGUAGGUAUUCAUCUAGGUAGAUGAUCAAGAUCUAUAGAGACAAUACGCAUUAUUCUCGAGCACCACUUGAGCAAAGCAUAUGCAUGGAUAAAACAACAACUUUAAUACGUGGCGAAGGUGCUUUUCGCGGCGCGAGAGGACAUCCAGAUAGUCGCGAUGAGUGCAACGAUACGAAAAGUCCGGCGCCUGGCUAGUUGGUUGGAUGCACAAAAGCACAAAACCAAGUAUCGACCUGUGGAGCACACCGAGAUGAUCUGCUACAGCCAAAGAAGUCGCUUCAAACACUUAAGCUGAAAAGAUGACUAGAUUCCGUCUUGGUAUUGGUUUUUGCAGUAGAUUCGAAACAAAUUGAAACGGUUGCCAUAAUACUGGUUGCAGUGUUAACGUUUGUUUACCUAGACUCAUAGAAGGUAAUGGCUCGACGACAUACUCGACUCGAGCUAAAAAACAUUGACAUUGAUGUCUUUGUUCAUCUGUCGAGCACAAGGGGGCGUUAUUGGAUAGGGAUGGCAAGUACCUGCGCGAAUUCCAUCAGACAUUUGACAACGAUCCAGACUGCCUCUUGGCUGCUUGCCACGAAGUGAUUGAAGACUCCGUAUUGAUUUUUUGUCAAUCGAAGAAACAGUGCGAAAGCGUAGCCGCGACGCUGGCAGCACGUUUACCACAGGCCGCUGAUGCUGACGACGUGGACCGUGCGACGUGGCCGCUUGCCAACGCUGACGUUACUGCCCAGAAAGCAGCGGGCAAAGACAAUCUGCCACCGUAUCUAGCUUCUUUGCGACGCUGCGUCCGGCAUCGCGUCGCAUGGCACCAUGCCGAUCUUCACAAAGAGGACCGACGCUUGAUAGAGAAGUUGUACCGUAGUGGCAAAGUGAAAGCGCUUUGCGCUACAAGCACUUUAGCAGCGGGUGUGAAUUUGCCAGCGCGGCGCGUCAUAUUCAAUUAUGGGUUGCGUGAUUUGCAAGUAAGUAAUUGAAAUAGAGUAAAGGUAGAAGAAAGUAGAUUUUCUUUUUCUUCAAGUUCAACUUUGAUAUGGCAAUGCGUAAAUGGUCUCGUUUUUGCUUAACGGAAGUUCUCUUUAUCAUCAUGCGAGAGACAGCUGGGCAAGGACUUACCAUCAUGUGAGAGUGAGCAGGAGUCGAAUCGAGGCUGCAACUUCUUCAGGUUAUGUUCUAAUUCGAGGGUAUUCGCAUCGGGAUGGGUGAUUUAACACCAGCGCAAUACAAGCAGAUGUCGGGUCGAGCAGGCCGUAAAGGACAGGGGACAAUUGGUGAGUCCGUGGUUUUGUGCGAUACGCAGAAAGGUCUCAGUUUGAUGAACACAAAGAUCCUUCCGCUAGAGAGCGUCUUGGAUCAAGGUGGCCUGCGACGGCUGAUUCUCGAAAUGUUGUGUGUA